UUUCUCUACAAGAAUUUUCCGCAUUCUCAUUUUUUCACCGCCGGUGUUAGACGCAAAUUGAGUGUUUUUAAUAGAAGUGGGAAUUUAGCUCAUUGAAAAAAAGAAAUUUAUUAAGUAAAAUGGGCGUGCAAGUAGUACCAAUUUCUCCCGGUGAUGGUAGUACAUUCCCUAAAACUGGACAGGUGGUGUCUGUCCAUUACACUGGAACCUUAGAUAAUGGCACUAAGUUCGAUUCUUCACGUGAUCGCAAUAAGCCUUUCAAGUUUACACUUGGCAGAGGCGAAGUCAUUCGUGGUUGGGAUGAAGGAGUUGCACAGCUUUCUGUCGGCCAACGCGCUAAACUCAUCUGCUCGCCGGAUUAUGCCUACGGUAGUCGGGGACACCCAGGCGUUAUUCCACCAAAUGCUACUUUAACUUUCGAUGUAGAGUUAUUGAAGGUCGAGUAAACAGGUCCAGUAACUAAGUACGCUAAAAUUAUAAAUACAAUAAACAAGUAAGAACAAAAAAAGAUUAUAAUCAUCCCAAAAAAUGCUAGUUAGAAAUAGUAAAACAAGAAUUUUAUCUCAAACAAAUUAGACACAAAAUAGAGUUGUAGUAUGAAAUAUCACAAAAGUAUGGACAUGCGUUGCACAAUUGAUAAAUAUAUAAGUUCGAUUACAAAAGACUCGUAUUAAAGUGACAUCUAAAUUAGUGCAUUCCAUUGUAAUUACUCACAGUCGGGAGAAAAUGUGAAGAAAUCUGUUAAAAUGCAUUUAACGCACCAGAAUUGAAUUUUACUAUUUAUUAAAUGUUCUCAUACUUGUAGUGUUAUUAAAUCUGCAUUCAAUAUUACUUAAUGAAAUUAUUUCGAUGAAUUGAAUAAAAAUAAUUGUAGAAACUUAAAUAAAUUAAUUAAAAGCAA